AACCAACAUUACACAUUUUUGCAUACAUAACCUCUCGCGUCAACUCGACGCCCAUCAUCAGCCACCAUCGCCAUUUAAUGAGCCCACAGUUGUUCGUUAUUUAUUUAUCCGGAAGCUGACGAGGACGGAAGCUGACAACGGCUACACAAGGAAGCACUCCGAUGUCGGUGUCUUUCAGUUUGUUAUCAUCAGUCGUACUCGGUCCGGUUGACGCGCUGCACAUACUUCCCAGAUAUCGGUUAGGAUCUGGUAGCUCGAUCUCGGAACAAGCUACAGCACCAAAAGAUAACUUUCCGGUGUCGUCUAGCAAGUGGCCUUUUUGUCGGAGAAAAGGUCUGAAACUUUGUGUUGGAAUUUUCUCCUUCCAUUAAUGUGUGCUGUCCCAUAUUGUGGAGUGAUUUCACCCAAAGGUUCCAGAUUAUUGUGUCGUCUCUAGGCCAUAGACCGGACCCACUUGGCUGGGUGGUGAAUUGUGUCUGAGUACGUGUAAAGAACGCACUGAACCGUUGCUGAAUGCCGAGGAUUAAGUUUCGUGUUGAGUUGAUUCUCCCCAAAGUGAUUUGGUGCGGUAUGAAGAUUUGAAUGAGACCCAAGUGUUGUGUCCCCGCAGUUAGUUGAGGGACCAAUAUCAUUAUUAUACGGCCACAUAUUCCACAAGCCCUGGUUCUCUUCAAAGCAAAAGCCCAUCAGCCGGAACCCAGUGUGGCUUUCGAUUUAACUGGCUUCCUAUGCUAAUUUACGGUCCUUCAAGCAAGGCCACGUGAUAUCUCACAAAACCCAAGAGGUUCAGCGACUCAUAUUCUCGUCUCGCAUAGGGUAAUGAUUCCAUUUGGCAUCGACCGAACCUGUAGUGCUUUAAUGUUGAGUGCUGUUGGGAGUAGCAGAUUAUUGGGCACCAUAACCAUCAUCAUCAUUUACUAGCUGCAUUCCGUCCCCGGAUGUGUUGCUGUGAAGUGCACUUGUCCCUUUUCGGUCCACAGAAUUUGCCAUUCCUGGAAAUACCGGCGUAACAUAUCCAACAUAGCCUCUGUGAUACUACUAACAACAAACGAAAAUCCCUCGAACGAAGAGAUUUUGGGAAUAUUCGGCAAGUGCAGCGUGACGACCUGUGAGUGAGGAUAUCCGGCUAAAGGCGUGAUGACGAAUCGUUCCCCUAAAUUGAAUUGAUUAAGUGAUUGUGGUGGACUACUUUCUGGCUCGUAUGUGUAUUUGGGAAAUGGGAAAUUUGGCUUGCCGAAAGUGAACCUUGUUGAGUUUUCCAAUUAUUCGGAUACAUAUUUUCUUUCGUGAUUACUGCGAAGCAGAACGGAUUGAUUGGAUUACACUCUCUUGGCUGGAUUCAGGAAAAACUUUUCAGAGCUCUGACAAAAGCGAAGAAGUUUCCACCCAUCCAGCGACCCAAAAAGUGGUUCAAAGUUGACCCUCAUCACAAGCUGCUGGAUCCCGUCCGGGAAGAGGAUUCCACCGAAAGGAAAUCCCAGCAAGACGGGAGAAGCGAAAAUAGUUUUGCCUUAAUUAAGCAAACAGUCCGGCCAAAUAAAGUGGCUUCAUUAUCGGAAAGUUGCGUCUGGUCCAGUAAAUUAGCAAUGAUUCACCACCAGCCAGCCAAAUACCAUACGAAUCCUUUGACACAUUUUCUCAACUUACACAACUCGCAUGCCACGGCGGCGGCAGCAGCAGCAGCAGCAGCCGCCGCAGCCGCCGCCGCCAUGGAUCAUCGUCAACAGAACCACCACCACCACAUUCACAAUCAGCAGGAACAUCAGCAUCUCGCUCAGAAAUUUGCUGGAGAACGCUUGAAUGCACUGAACAACAACAACAAUAACAGCAUCAGUUCCAAAAACGGCGAUGACGAUUGCGAGAAUAACCAGGACCUUAUAGACAGAAGUAGUUUAGACAUCGAGAAUACCGAUACGAAUCAGUCGAGCGAUGCCGAGGACAACAAUAUCGACAUCGUUGAUGAUGGUGAAGAGGAGGAGGAUUGCGAGGAAGAUCUGUCAAGAAGUAGCGCCCAUACGCCUAGCACCACUCCGUUGGAUGCUGAUGGCAUUGGGAAAUCCUUCACGAUAGCUGCCAUCUUAGGACUCAAGAAGAAGCACGAAGACGAGGGACACAACUUCAGCGAUGUAAUGAAUCUGUCACUGAAUAAUCACAGCGGAAGUAGCUCUGCCUUCCAUCAACGCACUUCCGGGAGGGAUUCCGAUGUCAAAACUAUCUCACCAGGCCUUGAUAGCAACGCAAAUAAUCACAUAUCACCGAGCCAGGUGGUGCCAACGAAUCCGGCGGCCUCGAGCAACGGCCUAGUGGCUUUGCAAUCGUUACACCAUUUGCAUGCUAAUGCCGUCGGUUUCUCGGCGGCCCACCAAUUUAAUCAGCACCAUCACCACAUACCAUCGGCCGUUGUUCCGAAUCACUCUCCGCAUCACCAUCAUCUACACAACCCACAAGGAUUACCCCCCCUGGGAGGAGCACAUUUACCCGGAAGCGGAGGUGGUGGAGGCGGGGGAGGGGGAGGAGCUACAGGAGCACAACCGAACGCUGCCCAUCCCCUCCACAAUCCCAACCACCAUCACCAUCAGCAUCAUCAUCAUCACCACCACCAUCAUCAGCAGCUGCAAGCAAUGGCUGCGGCAGCACAUCAUCACGCGCAGAAUCACCAUCGGGACAAGUUCAAAGAUCUCUCCAAGAAAUCAUCGCUUUCAUCAUCGGCAGCUCUCAAAAGCAAAAGAGUCCGAACUAUUUUCACACCUGAACAACUAGAACGACUGGAAGCCGAAUUCGAACGCCAGCAGUAUAUGGUCGGCCCGGAGCGCCUAUAUUUGGCCCAUACCCUGCAGCUCACUGAAGCACAGGUCAAAGUAUGGUUCCAAAACCGACGGAUAAAAUGGCGCAAGCAUCAUCUGGAAAUCACCCAACAAAGGUUAGCCCUGAUCCGGCAACGCCAGAUUGCCAGCGGCGUUGUUCCAUCACAAAUGGGGGCUGGGUUGAAUGUCGGUGAGCAAGUGUCCCAUUCUCCUGCGCCAGCCAAUCAACAACAACAGCAACAUCAGCUAACCACCAAUAGCAGCGGACGGUUGACUUACGGUGGAGGAGCGGAAUCUCCAGAAUUGACCAUUUGUACCGAUUCUCUUGAUGCUCGAAGUGUGAGCGAAAGUGAUGACUAGAAGCACUCCUGGUUUGGUGCACUCAAUACAGGGAUAUUUAUAAAUGUUUGUUUUAAGUUUCAAUAAAAUGUACUUAUUUAUGUAAAUAAUUGAAAUUCAAUUGAUUUUUUAUAAUUUUUCAUACUGAAUCUCAGUUUCAGCUAGAAGCUUGAAACAACCUUCACACUUUCCCUUUCUUACUGUCAAUACAAUUUCUAAAAUCCUUGCCUCUCAAUAAUUUUACUCUUAAUUUGUCAAUGGCAUAUCAUUACUUUAAUUUUUAUAAUGUUUAAAAUGUGAAAACAAUAUUGUAAUACAAAAUAAAACAUUGUGUAGACGGUAGAAAAAAUGUGAAUAAAAUG